UCUGCGCAUGCGCGUCUGCCCGGCGGUUGUUUGAGGAAGUUUGGAUCAACUUUCUACCUGCCGAUGAUGUGGAUUCAUUAAAGCUAGCUCUGCAGUCACAGAUUAAAAAUCCUGCCAAGAUGACGUCAACAUCUGAUCUAGAGCAGCUUGCAGAAAUAGAGCUGAAGAAGGAGGAAGAGGAGGAUGGGGAGGACUUCACAGACGCUCCGUCAGCACCUCCUAGCACCACCAUCAGCCCCGACCUCUCUCACCCGUAUUAUGACGUGGCUCGACACGGCAUCAUCCAAGUCUGCGGUGACGAUAACUACGGCAGAAAGUUGAUCGUCUUCAGCAGCUGCUGUUUGCCUCCAUCUCACCAGCUGGACCACCGACGCCUGCUCGAGUAUCUGAAGUUCACGUUGGACCAGUACGUGGAGAUGGACUACAUCCUGGUUUACUUCCAUCACGGUCUCCGGAGCGGCAACAAGCCGUCUCUGAAGUGGCUACGAGAGGCUUACAGCGAGUUUGACAGGAAAUACAAAAAGAACCUGAAGACUCUGUACGUUGUUCAUCCAACAAACUUCAUCAGAAUUGUCUGGAACAUUUUCAAACCUCUGAUCAGUCACAAGUUUGGAAAGAAGCUGUCGUACGUGAACUACCUGGCCGAGCUGAGGGAACACCUGAACUUCGAGCAGCUCAUCAUCCCGACCGACGUCCUCAGACACGAUGAGAAGCUUCGAGCUGCCCAGAAAGGUGGACCCCCUCCCUCAGUGAAGACCCCUCCGCCUCGACCCCCCCUCCCCACGCAGCAGUUUGGUGUCAGCCUGCAGUACAUCAGAGAGAAAAACCGGGACGCUGUAAUCCCUCCUGUUAUCUCUCAGACCGUCUCCUACCUGAAGGAGAAAGGUCUGAAGACGGAGGGAAUCUUCAGACGCUCGGCUCGGGUUCAGAUCAUCAAGGACGUUCAGAAACUCUACAACCUGGGGAAACCGGUGAACUUCGAUGAGUUCUUGGACGUCCACGUUCCAGCUGUGAUCCUGAAAACGUUCCUCCGAGAACUUCCAGAACCGCUGCUCACCUUCAGAGUCUACAACCAGGUCCAGGAGCUCCUCAGCGUGGAGAGCAGUCUGAGGAUCAGCAGGUGCAAACAGAUCGUAGAGGGUCUUCCUGAACAGAACUUCAUCGUGACAAAGUACCUGCUCUGUUUCCUCCACAUGGUGUCUCAGGAGAGCAUCGUGAACAAGAUGAGUGCGUCUAACCUGGCCUGUGUGUUCGGGGUGAACCUGGUCUGGCCUCGUCACGGCUCGCUCUCUCUCAGCGCUCUGACCCCCAUCAACAUCUUCGCCGAGAUCCUCAUUGAGCAUUACCAAACCGUGUUCGGCUCCCGCUGUCUGCCUGCACAGUUUUGUGCCGUACACAUGAUGCAGCGAUCUCAUCAGCGUCUUGGAUGCAUCAGAGAACACACACAGGUCGCAGAGAGCUGCACCUCGACUGUGUGGUGUUCCGUGGUGACGAGGCCGAGGGCGACCAUGAAGGCGAUUUUCUGUGAGAGGGAGAGAUGAAGAUGUUACUGAUGAGGAGGAGGAGGUGAAGUGUGGGAGGACUCUCGGCGUCUGAUUCAAGAGCUCCUCAGUGAAGAGAGAAAAUCUUAACAAGAGUCUUUUGGACGGACGCUUCACUGGUUUGAGAUCCGAUUAAAAUACAAGAGGGGCCCUGCUUUAACACAACAUUCACUUCACACCUCGAAUUCUUCUUCUCUGGUUUUAAAGACGGUAGGAGGGGAUGUGGAUUUUGGAGUGGGCGGAGCUUCUUGUGAGGGGAGGUCCGCCUGAGCCCCCGGGGAGCCCUCAGUGCUGCUGGGGGCCUGUGGCUGGAUUAUAAUCACCUGAUAACACACAGAGACAUGGACAUCAUGUUAGGAUGAAACACCGCUAAUACAUAAUCCAGAUUAUCGAUGAAACAAGUCUGGAUUACAGACAUUUAGCACUUUACUAAGGCUCCAGAAAACUCGUGUCAGAUGUGUGAAGAAUAUUUAAAGAUGUAAAAUGAAAUGAUGUUUCACUCUGAGGGAUUAAAUCAGGAC